UAUCCAAGAUGGAGCUUGCAGUUUCAGAGUGCUUUACUUUCGGCAAUAUUUUCUUGGCUAUUGUUUUUUUAUUGAUUCUCAAUCAACUGGUUGAACUGUAUCAGUUCAGGAACAUGCCACCAGGACCUCGUCUGACAUCUUUGCCUUUUGUGGGAAAUCUUUUGAGCUUUGAUGACGGACAGAGCCUUCGCGACUCUACUCGAAGCUUGAAAAAGAGGUAUGGCAACGUGUAUUCCUUGAAGGUGGGGAGUUUUAAAACCGUCAUUGCCGAAGAUGCUGCCUCAGUGAAAGAAGUGUUGGUGAAGAAAUCGGCUGAUUAUGCUGGAAGACCUCCAUUCCAUAGCUUCAUGAUGUCCACUCUUGGCGGAAAGGAUAUUGCAUUUGGGAAUUAUGGUCCUGCUUGGAAGUUUCAUCGCAAACUCUUUAUGACGGCGGUGCGAAAGUAUAUCUCCGAUCAGAAGCUGGUUGAAGAGAGAAUCUCUGAGCAAGCAAAAAGGCUACUGCAGUACUUUGAAGACCAGAAGGGAAAAGAUUUUGAUCCAUCACAGAUGUUGAUGGAAAGCGUUGCAAACGUCAUCUGUCGAAUCACGUUUGGAAAGCUCUUUGAUUCAUCGCAUCCAGAUUUCCAGGAGCUCUUGGAAAUAAACAAUAGAGCUUUUACAGACACUGAAUUGAACAGUCAAGUGUUAAUGUUAGAUAACUUUCCCAUAGCCAAAUACCUCCCUUUCAAAGCCUACCAAACAGAGAAAGAAAUGACUGAUCGAUUGUUUGAGAUUCUACGAAAUCAGCUAAGGGAACAAGAGAAAGCAUUUGACCCCGAAGCGGAGAUCGAGAGCCUUACUGGUAGCCUUUUGAAGGAAAAACUUGUCGCCCAAAAUGAAGUCGGCACUGAGGAGAAAGCAGCCAUUUUGUCCGACGACUAUAUAAUUAACACCAUGGAGGACAUGUUCAGCGCUGGUUACGAGACCACCAGCACUACUCUUCGUUGGGCCAUCGCUUACUUGGUUCACAAUCCUGACUGUCAAACAGAGAUUCAGAACCAGUUGGACGAAGAGGUUGGAAGGGACCGAAUGCCGGGUCUGGAUGAUCGCCCUAGCCUUCCGCUAGUACAGGCCACAAUCAUGGAAACACUUCGCCUCGGUAAUGUCGCUGAAACAGCUCUUCCUCAUUACACUCUGAAAGAUACCACACUUGCUGGGUACCGUGUUCCAAAAGAUACCGUGGUUGUGCCCAAUCUGAUGGCCGUUCACAUGGAUCCAAGCUGCUGGGAGGAUCCAACCAAAUUCAACCCACACCGCCAUAUUGAUGGUGAUGGCCAAGUUAUUACCAACUCUGGAAACUUUCUACCCUUUUCUGCUGGACGUCGGGUUUGUGCUGGCGAGGCACUUGCAAAGGUCGAGUUGUUCUUUUUCCUGUCCUGGAUGUUGCACAAGUUUACCUUCUUGCCCCAAGAAAACGGUGUUCUUCCUGACCUUAAAGGAGUCGAUGGUUUCACCCGUUUUCCGGCGCCUUACAAUAUAAGGGUUAAAAAACGCAAAUAGGAGCUUGUCAUCUUAAGCGAACGGUAUUAUAGGCAGAAAGUAGAAGUGCUCGUAACAAAAAUUAGUCCUGAUUUGCAAUACCGUUCUUCAGAAACAAGGCUGUGCACGAUUUUCCUAAAGGGUAUUAUUGUGGUAAUAGCAUACGAUUGCGAGCAUCUCCUUAGGGUUCACAGAAGUUAAAGGAAAAGUAUACUCCAGAAACCAUAUAUAUUGUUUUUAUUUCUUCCAUUACAAAGUGUUUAUAUGAAAUUAUGAAACCGACCGCAAUUUUAGAAUCGAGAGAGUUUGAUUUAACCAUUUUUCAAAUCGUCUUCAGUUGUGCUAAAAAAUGCGAACAUGGACGCCGCCAUUUUGGAUCCUCCCUAGCAACCUGGCCGCUUAAUUGCAACAUCAGUAGUUCUUAGUCCUCUCUUUUUCAGCGGCCUGAUGAAAACAAUUCUAAAACCUAUUCUUGACUCAAACAAUAACGCAUUGCGAUAAGAACUGUUUGUUAACUGCACGCUGUGGUUUAGCGUGUGCGACAGGUUGCUCACUCUUGUUUUGAAAAUGGCGGCGUAGAAAAAACAAACAUUUUAUAGCAUUUGAUUGCCCUUUUUUGAAUAAUUAAGUCCAUCUUUAGAAUUUAAAAACAAGCAAGUAGCAAAUUCGUAUAUAUCCCUGAGCGGUGUGGAUGCCUUUUCGAUAAACACGUGUAUUGUUUCCAUACGUUAGGAACUAUACUCAUUUAUAGAAAGUGUCAGGAUCACACGAAUUAAACGCUUUAGGAAUCUAUCAA